GCUCCUUCCCUCCCUCAUCCGGGUCCUGGGCGAGCGGGCGCCGUGCGUGUGUCCCGCGGCCGAGCUGCUAAUGAAGUUGCACUGAGGGGAAGCGCAGCGACGGCGCCGGGAGAGUGCGCCCAGCCCGCCCGGGACUGCUGUUAUUACGUGGAGUUUGGAGCCUAAGCUUUGAAAACUCCCAUGUGGCGCCUGUCUUAAGUCGGAGCAUGCUCAGUAGCCAAGACAGAUUUUGGUUGCAAAAAGAACUGGGGCGAGGAUAGUCGGGUAUUUGGACGUUUGCCCGCUUCCUAACAGAAUGUUCCAAUUCUGAUUUUGAUGGUAUUGGACAAUGGAGCUGUAGGCCAGCCUGGAGGACUUGAACCAAUGAAAGAAGCUUAUGGCACUUAUGAAGAUAAAUGUUACUCCUCCCUUUUUAAUUGGAACUUCUGCUUAGGACCUGUAUAUGACUUUUCACCUGUGAUCUGUUCUUUCAGUAGCCACUGACUUUGAGUUGCAAAAAGGUCUCUGAAGAUUUGUAUCAAAUGACGUCAAUGGCCAGCUUGUUUUCUUUUACUAGUCCAGCAGUAAAGCGAUUGUUGGGCUGGAAGCAAGGUGAUGAAGAGGAGAAGUGGGCAGAAAAAGCAGUUGAUGCUUUGGUGAAAAAGCUAAAAAAGAAAAAGGGUGCCAUGGAGGAACUGGAGAAAGCCUUAAGCAGUCCAGGACAGCCGAGCAAAUGUGUCACUAUUCCCAGAUCUUUAGAUGGACGCCUGCAGGUUUCUCACAGAAAGGGCUUACCCCACGUUAUAUAUUGUCGUGUUUGGCGCUGGCCUGAUUUGCAGAGUCAUCAUGAGCUAAAGCCAUUGGAUAUUUGUGAAUUUCCUUUUGGAUCUAAGCAAAAAGAAGUUUGUAUCAACCCAUACCACUAUAAAAGAGUGGAGAGUCCAGUCUUACCUCCAGUAUUAGUGCCUCGUCAUAAUGAAUUCAAUCCACAGCAUAGCCUUCUGGUUCAGUUUAGAAACCUGAGCCACAAUGAACCACACAUGCCACAAAAUGCGACGUUUCCAGAUUCUUUCCACCAGCCCAACAACACUCCUUUUCCCUUAUCUCCAAAUAGCCCCUAUCCGCCUUCCCCUGCUAGCAGCACAUAUCCCAAUUCCCCAGCAAGUUCUGGACCAGGAAGUCCAUUUCAGCUCCCAGCUGAUACUCCUCCUCCUGCCUAUAUGCCACCAGAUGAUCAGAUGGGUCAAGAUAAUUCCCAGCCCAUGGAUACAAGCAAUAAUAUGAUUCCUCAGAUUAUGCCCAGUAUAUCCAGUAGAGAUGUUCAGCCUGUUGCCUAUGAAGAGCCCAAACAUUGGUGUUCAAUUGUCUACUAUGAAUUAAAUAAUCGUGUUGGGGAAGCUUUUCAUGCAUCUUCUACUAGUGUGUUAGUAGAUGGAUUCACAGACCCUUCAAAUAACAAAAGUAGAUUCUGCUUGGGUUUGUUGUCAAAUGUUAAUCGUAAUUCGACAAUUGAAAACACCAGGCGACAUAUUGGAAAAGGUGUUCAUCUGUACUAUGUUGGCGGAGAGGUGUAUGCAGAGUGCCUCAGUGACAGCAGCAUAUUUGUACAGAGUAGGAACUGCAACUUUCAUCACGGCUUCCAUCCUACCACUGUCUGUAAGAUUCCCAGCAGCUGCAGCCUCAAAAUUUUUAACAAUCAAGAGUUUGCUCAGCUUCUGGCUCAGUCUGUCAACCAUGGGUUUGAGGCAGUAUACGAGCUCACCAAAAUGUGUACCAUUCGAAUGAGUUUUGUCAAGGGCUGGGGAGCAGAAUAUCACCGGCAGGACGUUACCAGCACCCCCUGUUGGAUUGAGAUUCAUCUUCAUGGGCCUCUUCAGUGGCUGGAUAAGGUCCUCACUCAGAUGGGCUCCCCUCUGAAUCCCAUAUCUUCUGUUUCAUAGUGCAGAAGUAUUCUUUUCAAUUAUAUUAUUAGUGGACUUGAUUUAAUUUUAGAGAAACUUUCAGUACAGAUACUGUGAGCUUACCUGGAAAACAGAUACUACAGCUUAUUUUUUUCUACAUAAUUGUGACCAAUACGUUUGUAUUUUGUGACGAAUCUACAUUUGUUUGUAUUCAUGUUCAACUCAAAAGUGUUGUGAAAGAUGCACAGUAUCAUGCCCCAGUUCAGAAGUUUGGCAUUGAUCUUAAACUGGAACAUAUUUUUGCCAUAUUGUCCCAGCAAUUUUCUUAUUAAAUUUUUUUGAAAAAGUGAUAUAUCACAUGAUGAAAAAUUAUAAUAGUAGAAGAGGAUACACAGUGAAAAGUCUUCCCUUCUACUUUUGGUCCUCCAGAAGCUGUACUUUUACUAGUUGCUUUGUCCCACCAACUUUAAAAAAGUAUAAUUCAUUGUUUUGUAAAAGUGUAUGGUAGGGGCUUAAAAGAAACUGUAAAAAAAUAUCUUUUAUUUGAAGGAACACUAUGGACUGCUCUAACAAGUAGUGUUCAGUAAAAGCAAAGUGAUAGUUUUCUAGGUGACAUCAUAAAAUUUACCUUUAAUACAGCUAAGUGUUUGUCAGUGUAUUGUGACUUCACUCAAUAUAUCUUUUGUAAAACAUUUCCUUUUAUAAAAAAAAUUACUGCAAACAUCGGAUCUCCAGUAUAUGUCAUUUAAUCAGAAUCUGUCAUAAGUACUACUUUAUAGCUAGUGACAGUGCAUGCACGGCCUUGUUUAGCUCUGUUUGCUACUUUUGGCCAGUGUUGCAAGAACUCUAAUUUUGGCAUGCAUUAAUCUUUUAUUUUGCACUUUGAUGGGUGACAGUUUUUAGUGUAACCUUUUGUGAAACACGCUCAAGUGACUUGGACUUAGAUGCUCAUCCUUACUUGGUACCCCUUUUGUAUUAACAAACACUGCGAUUUAUAGGUUACAGUUGUAGCUUUUUCUAGCUUUUGUUGUAUUUUCAACCUAGGUUAUAAGAGUUAUUCUAUAGCUCCAACUUAAGGCGCCUUGUUAAUUCUCUACAGUUUUAUGGAUGUUAUUAAUGUUGGAAAAUCAUGUACUUAAUCCCAUUGCUCUUACUUGCAUCAGUCUCCCCAUGCAAGGACCUGUGUACGGUAGCCACAGGAGCCUCUUCAGUCUGGCUUCAAGCAUGAGGCUACUGGUCUGAUACUUAAAUGAAUCAGCAGUGGUUGUUGAGAUAGCUGAUUUUAAA